CGCCAUCGUCAUGAAUUUGAAAAUUCUUCCCAAUUCUCCUUCAUUGCCGUGAUUCACAGAAAACGCAUGAGUCUUCUAGCUUUCAGGCACCAAAAAACACCAAAGUGGCAGGGUGAAAGCGCUCCAACAAGUGCAUCUAUUCACAGCUUCUUGGAGCGAACUAGGGCAGCAGCGACCCAGUAAUUAGCCGAGUUUUAAAAGUAGCGUGGCGUACAAUUGAACCAGCUUUCCGCAAGGCUCAUCUCUGGCUCUCCCUCCUCAACACACGACCCUCUCUACCUGCCAACAUCAACACCCAAGAAGUUACCACGCCAGUCACAUUCAGAUACAUAUGGAGAGAUAGCCUUCAUCUGCCAACUGAACCUCCUUCUUCACGCGAUCUCCGAACCCCGCACUUCACCCCGUUUCUCGCGCUUGACUCUGAGAAUCUACAAGGCCAGAGAACCGAUACAUAGAGAUCCCAAAGAUUCAUUGACAUUCACAAGUCGCCGAAAUGGGUCAGACCUUGUCGGAGCCAGUCGUGGAGAAGGUAUGGUCUACUUUUCUUUCAUGCGCUAUAUCUUUCGCUGCCACCAACCCCGCGUUUUGGCUGGAUGCCUUUGAUGGGAAUAGUGGCAUCUCAACCACGACUACUCGGCCCUUGCGAUAUACAAUCGAUAUAUAUGUUGGAAGAUUUGAAACGGCUCUGCUCUCUGCUGUUUACUCGCGUCCCUCUCUCACUCUGCCGAGGUUCCUGAUGCUGACAUCUACUCUCUUUUAGAACUCGGCCUCCGGUGGUGACGAGCGAUUAAUCUUCGGUGUGUCGUCCAUGCAAGGAUGGCGUAUCAGUAUGGAGGAUGCGCAUGCUGCUAUUCUCGAUCUACAAUCCAUUUCUGGGGAGGCUUUGAAGCCGGCCAGUGCCGAGGAUAGGCUUUCUUUCUUCGGGGUUUACGAUGGACACGGAGGUGACAGAGUAGCCAUAUUCGCCGGCGAGCAAAUACACCAGAUUGUUGCGAAGCAGGAAGCAUUCAAGAAGGGUGACAUUGAGCAGGCCUUGAAAGAUGGUUUCCUGGCUACGGAUCGGGCGAUUCUUAAUGGUUAGCAUGUCGUUUGUGGGUACGCUAGAUGGGGACUGACUUGACCUCUUUUUAGAUCCACGGUAUGAGGAAGAAGUUUCUGGUUGCACUGCGUCCGUCGCAAUUCUCUCUGCAAAGAAGAUCUAUGUGGUAUGUUUAUAUGUCUUUUUUGUCCCAAAACUAUGGCUAACAAUUUCAGGGCAAUGCGGGAGAUUCUCGAAGCGUUUUGGGAGUAAAGGGCCGGGCCAAGCCGCUUUCCUUUGAUCACAAGCCGCAAAACGAAGGUGAGUUUAUGAUUUUUGAUACGCUAUGUUCAGAACAUGAAAGCCAACAUUCGUAUAGGUGAAAAAGCUCGUAUUACUGCUGCCGGUGGAUUUGUCGACUUUGGCCGUGUCAAUGGCAAUCUCGCACUCUCAAGAGCUAUCGGUGAUUUCGAAUUCAAGAAGAGUCCCGAGCUUUCUCCAGAGCAGCAGAUUGUUACGGCCUUCCCCGAUGUAACUGUUCACGAUAUCACCGAUGAUGAUGAAUUUUUAGUUGUUGCUUGCGAUGGUACGUAACAGCAAUUGGAUGGGCAAUGAAUAACAACUAACAUUUUGGCAGGAAUCUGGGAUUGCCAAUCUUCACAAGCAGUGGUUGAGUUUGUUCGACGUGGUAUUGCAGCAAAACAAGAACUUUCCAAGAUCUGUGAGAAUAUGAUGGAUAAUUGUCUCGCCUCAAACUCUGAGACUGGAGGAGUGGGUUGUGAUAAUAUGACCAUGACAAUUAUUGGUCUGCUCCGGGGGAAGUCCAAGGAUGAGUGGUAUGACGAGAUUGCGAAGCGCGUUGCCAAUGGAGACGGGCCAUGUGCACCUCCAGAAUAUGGCAAGUAGCAUGGUAUUUCUAGCCUUUGAGUAUAGCACUGAUAAUCCAAAUAGCUGAGUUCCGAGGUCCUGGUGUACACCAUAAUUUCGAUGACAGUGAUAGCGGCUAUGAUGUCGACAUGGACCAAAAGAACAAAGCUACAAGCGGCAAUCAAAGAGGUCGUAUUAUCUUGCUAGGAGAUGGUACCGAAGUCUUGACCGACUCGGAUGACACGGAGAUGUUCGACAACCAGGAAGAAGAUAAAGAUUUGGCAAGUCAAGUAAACAAAGGUCAGCGGCCAGCCUCCAACGAGGAAAAGACGAGCAGUACAACUCCUAAGACCAAGCCUACUGCAAACUCUUUUCUUACAAACUCGAUAGAUACGUCGGAGAAGAAAGUCGAAAAUACGAUACCCAAGUAACGGAAAAGUUGUAAAGCAUGUUGAGAACGCCUCUUAGUUCAGUAUUUGGUCGCACAAUGCCAUUUCUAUUAUCCUUAGAGGAAUACUAGGGUGUGCUGAAGACUGGAAUAGAAUUGUGAACGUUUCUGCUGCGUAAACAACAAAAUUACGAGACAGGUUAUGAGGAUUUUGCUUUUCUAUACGGCUUCGGAUUAAAUACACAUAGGACAAGGUAUCAUGGGAAAUGCCGGCCGCUUCAUGACUUGUUGGGCAGAUAACGUAUGGAUGGAUAGCUCGUGGGUAAUCGGGCAAGCGUGCGGCUGAUUAUGUCUUCUGUGGUCCUCUGGUUUCUUUCUUUCUUUCCGAAUCAUGAACUUUUAUGCAGCGAGCCUUUUUUUGUCUUUCGAGUCGUUUCUUUUUCUACUUCCACUUCUACUACUUUCUUCUCUUUUGCAUCAGAGAUCUCCAGGAAUGGGUCCAUAGAGGGAUUGGGUUGCUGCAUUGUACCGAGAGAAUGGCCAAUUGAUACCUGAAAUUUCCAAGCGUUCUUCUUAAAU